GGCCUGGCUCGUCUGCCCGCCCACGCAGCCAAAGUUUUGCCGCACCCCGCCCCGUCGCCGCCGCGCCGCCGCCCGCUCGGCCGCCAUGAGCGGCGCCGCCGACGGCGGCGAGGAGAAGGCCGCACCAGAGGGCGGUGCGGCCGGCGGCGAGGAGAAGGCCGCGGCGCCGGGCGGCGGCGAGGAGAAGGCGGGCGGCAAAGACGACGGCCAGGAGCGGCCCCCGCAGGACCCCGCCGGCACUCCGCCUGCGGCGGGAGGCGGCCAGGGCCAGGACAGCUUGUCCACAAGGGACGAGCUCGUCAGGGAGCCAGUCAGCUCGGCCAUCGUCGCGGUUGGGGGUCUGAAGGAGGAUGUAGAAAAGUUCAUUGCGCAGAAUGAGGCUGUGGACGUGAACGCUGCUGGAGAUUUGCGGUCGUGCCCCCCGGAGGUGCAGCGCAUCGUCCUCUCGCGCGGGGACCUGAGCAGCGCGCGCAACCCCUCCGCGGCGCUCAUCGCGCGCAUCCGCGACGCCAGGACCAGCGUCACCAGCGUCAUGGGCCCGGGAGGGCCUCAGGCCCAGGCCGCGGUGGACCAGGGCGUGGAGGCGUUCCUGCAGGC